UCUUCUGGAGAAGCAUUCUGCCUGCAGCCCCUCCUCACGACGGGUCACGUAAAUCCGGUCGGGACCCCACCGUCGCCCUCUGCCCCUCGCGCCCCUCCUCUCGAGACCGGCCACUGCCUGCCCGGCCGACCCUGCUCAACAUGAGGCCCCUGGGCCUCGAGGGCCCCCACGCGCUUCGCUGGCGACCUCUGCUGCGUCUGCUGCUCCUGCUGUCUCUGCUUCAGAGGGCGGUAACCCGUGCCCAGACCACUCCUCGCACCCCCAGCGACCCGACCACACCCGGAGCCCCCAGCAAUACGACCACGGCCUUCUCUACUUCCCCUACCACGCCGCUCACCUCCAGCACACCAAGUCUGAGGAAGCGCGCGCGGGCCCUGAUGCGGGACUUCCCUCUCGUGGACGGCCACAACCACUUGCCCCUGCUCCUGAGACAGCUUUUCCAGAACAGGCUACAAGAUGUUAACCUGCGCAAUUUCAGUUAUGGCCAGACCAGCUUGGACAAGCUCAGGGAUGGCCUCGUGGGUGCCCAGUUCUGGUCAGCCCAAGCCCCAUGCCAGACACAGGACCAGGAUGCUGUGCGCCUCACACUGGAGCAGAUUGACCUCAUUCGUCGCAUGUGUGCCUCCUACUCUGAACUAGAGCUUGUGACCUCAGCCAAAGGUCUGAACAGCACUCAAAAGCUGGCCUGCCUCAUUGGUGUGGAGGGUGGUCACUCACUGGACAGCAGCCUUUCUGUGCUGCGCAGUUUUUACCUGCUGGGAGUGCGCUUCCUGACACUUACCUUCACCUGCAACACGGCCUGGGCAGAAAGUUCCACCAAGUUUAAACACCACUUCUACACCAACGUCAGUGGGUUGACAAGCUUUGGUGAGAAGGUGGUAGGGGAAAUGAACCGCCUGGGCAUGAUGGUGGACUUGUCCUAUGCGUCAGACACCUUGGUGCGGCAGGCACUGAAGGUGUCGAGGGCUCCCGUGAUCUUCUCCCACUCAGCUUCCAGGGCUGUGUGCGACAAUUUGCUGAAUGUUCCUGAUGACAUUCUGCAACUUCUGAAGAAGAAUGGUGGCAUUGUGAUGGUGACGCUGUCUAUGGGGGUGCUACAGUGCAACCUGUUGGCUAAUGUGUCCACCGUGGCAGAUCACUUUGACCACAUCAGAGCUGUCAUUGGAUCAGAGUUCAUCGGGAUUGGCGGGAAUUAUGAUGGGUCUGGUCGGUUCCCUCAGGGACUAGAGGACGUGUCCAAAUACCCAGUACUGAUAGAGGAGUUGCUGAGUCGUGGCUGGAGUGAGGAAGAGCUCCAGGGUGUCCUUCGUGGAAACCUGCUGCGGGUCUUCAGACACGUGGAACAGGUGAGAGAGGAGAACAAUGGACAGAACCCUGUGGAGGAUGAGUUUCCAGACAGGCAGGUGGUCAGGUCUUGCCACUCCCACCUCCUAUCUCAGCUUCAGAGUGAACACCUCGCCACACACCUGGAGGUGACCGAGUGGCCAAUCAGUCAGGUCCUCCGGAGGCCCUCAAAAGCUUCCCCAUACUUUGUUCUAAGUUUCUUGGUUGCUGCCACCUUCUCAGUCCUCAUCCUGUAGUUCUGGUGAGCUGGCCAGUCUCCCAGAGGUCUCUGUGGCAAAGUCUCACAAAGUCCCCUUCCUAGUCAUCCAGGCACAAGUGUAUGCUGAGAAUAAACAUUUUGGGUAUGGAGCCAAAUGUGAAAGUCCUUCCUUCUCCCUGGGGAGCAGGGGAGUGGGGUCUGGUGGGCUCUUGGUUGGUGAGGGGUCUUGUAGGUCUCACCUCAGUUUCUCAAGUGAGUGGCCUCCAACUUGGUCUCUUUUGGGAAGGGCAGAGGCAUCUUACCAUGUUAUUAUGAUAAAAGCCUGAGCCCACAAAAGAGCACAAAGAAAUCUAGUUCAAGUGUGGUAUCUAUCCCAUCAUGGAGUGUAACAAUGGGUGGGUUAGCAGUCUCUGAAAGGUUUACAUUUGUUUGUUUGUUUGUUUGUUUGUUUGUUUGUUUGUUUUUAAGAAGCUGAACCUAGAGGGCACCUGGGUAACUCAGUGGGCUAAGUGUCAGACUCGAUUUUGGCUUAGGUCAUGAUCUUGUGGUUUAUAGGUUCAAGCCCCACAUCAGGCUCCACAUGAGGAGUCUGCUUGGGAUUCUCUCCCUCCCUCCCUCUCUCCUUGCCCCUUCCUCUCUCUCUCUGCCUCUCUCUCAUGCCCCUUCCCCCCUCUCAAAAAUAAAUUAAUUUUUUAAAAAUUUAAAAAGAGUGAAAGAGCAAGCCAAAGAGUAAAUUUUCAACGUAUAUAAUUGACGAAAGGCAUAUAUCCAGAGGCAGACAACCCCAUAUAAAAAUGGGGAAGAUAUUUGAAUAGGAACUUUACAAGGAUGGAUAUUCAAUUGGCCAAUAAGAAGAUGAAAAGAUAGUCAACCUUAUUAGCCAUUAAGGAAAUGCAAAAUAAAACUCAUAGUAAAGACAACUAAAAUUUAACAGGUGAACAAUACCAAGUGUUAGCAAUGAUAUGGAGCAAGGAGCAUACCCUGCUGGUGGCUGAUUCAACUGAUAAACACUGCUUUGGAAGACAGUUUGACAUUUUUUUUUUUUACUAAAGUUGAAGACAUAUACCCAAGGACAGUUACACACAACAUGCAAGAAUCUCUCAAAGUAAUGUUGAGUGAAGGGAGCCAGUACAAAAUAACAUAUAUUAUGUCAUUCCAUUUAUAUAAAGUACAAGCAAAACUGAUCUAUACCGUUACAGUCAGUUUUCGGGGAGGUAUUGCCUGGAAGGGGGUGUGAGGAAGAGCUUCUGGGUUUCUGGUAAAGUGCUGUAUCUUGGGUGCUGGUUGCAUGGGCGUGUUCAUUUUGUGAACAUUUCAGCAUGCUGUAUACACUUAUGGUAUGUGAACUUUUCUGUAUGGAUAUUUUUUUCUCAAUAAAAAGUUUUUCAAAAAACUGGGGCCCCUGGCUGGCUCAGUCCCUAGAGCAGGCAACUCUUGAUCUUGGGGUUGGAGUAGAGCCUCUUGAAAAAACAAAACAAAACCCAGAAAAGACUAAACUUAAUGUUCAGGGAUGCAUGCUCAGGUUGAGACUUUAAAUAAGAAAACAAGAGGGCACCUGGGGGUUCAGUCAUUAAGCUCUGACUUCAGUUCAGGUCAUGAUGUCACGAUUCAGGAGUUUGAGUCCCACAUCGGGUGAGCUUGAGCCUUGCUUCCAGUAAAACACAAGCCCUGCUUCUCCCUCCCUCUCUCUCUCUCUCUCUGUCUCCCCCACUGCCUCUCCUGGGAUUCUCUCUCUAUCUCUGCCCCUCACUCACUCGCACCCUCCCUCUCAUAAACAAACAAACAAACAAACAAAUAAGAAAACAAGAAGUGGUAUCAUCAAACUCAAAUACUUAGAAAAUGCCUGACUUACACAAUGUUAUGUGUCAAUUACAUCUCCAUUUAAAAAAACAAAGACUAAAAAAAAAAAAAAAGUGUCUGUGGUUGGUGGGGAGGCAUGGGGUAGCAAUUGGAGGAGGCAUUAAGGAACUUCUGGAGUUCUGGCAAUGUCCAUACCUUGCCUGGGAUGGUGGUUAUUUAGGGGUGCACUUUGUGGUAAUACACUAAGCUGCCAGGUGGGCUGAAGAGUCCACUCCCCAACUUCUGUCCUCACACUCCCAUUCCCCAAUUCUGUUCUCCCAGCAAUCACUCAGCACUUUUAACUGUUGAUAUUUACUGGUAUUUUCCUCCAUAUUUCUAAAUAAUGUAUUUAAUUGCCAGCUGUUUAUUUUUUUUCAGUUUAUUUAUUUGAGAGAGAGAGACAGAGCAUGCACAUGAGCAGAGGAGGGGGAGAGAGGGAGAAUCCCAAGCAAGCUCUGUGCCCAACAGAAGAGCCCAACGUGGGUGGGGGCUCAAACCCACAAACUGCAAACACAUCACCUAAGCCAAAACCAAGAGUCGAACAGGCUCAACUAACUGAGCCACGCAGUCAUCCCAAAUGCCAGCUCUUUAGACAUACAUUUUAGAUAUUAUUUAUUGACUCAGUAAUUUGAAAAGUGAGGAUUUUGUUUUUAUUUUCUUAACCCUUUUUAACGUUUAUUUUGAGAGAGAGAUCAUGGGGGAGAGUCAGAGAGAGAAGGAAAGGGAGAAUCCCAAGCAGGCUCCACACUGUCAGCAUGGAGCCCAAUGUGGAGCUCGAACCCACGAACCAUGAGAUCAUGACCUGAGGUGAAACCUAGAGUCAAGAUGCUUAACCUACUGAGCCACCCAGGUGCCCCCCAAAAUGAGGACUUUUAGCUCUCACUCCCCCUCUCUCCUCCUAUCAUCCUCUAAAUAUUAGAAUUAUUUGGUUAAUUACAUCUUGGAUUUUUUGUUUGUUUUUAAACAAGUUUACUGAGAUAAAAUUGAUAUACCACACAAUUCACCCAUUUGAAGUGUACAGUUCAAGGGCACCUGGGUGGCUCAGUCAGUUAAGCGUCCAACUCUUGGUUUCAGCUCAGGUCAUAAUAUCACAGCUCAUGGGUUCAAGCCCCGCACUGGCUCUGCACUGCAGUCUAGAGCCUGCUUGGAAUUCUUUCUCCCUCCCUCUCUCUCUGUCCCUCCCCUGCUCACAUGAUCUCUCUGUUUCUCUCUCAAAAUAAGUAAAUAAAAUUUAAAAAAUAAAGUGUACAGUUCAGUGGUUUUCAUAUAUCACAUUAUUUUUUUUAAUUGUAAAAGAUAUGUAACAAUUUGCCAUUUUAACCAUCUUCAAGUGCACAAACCAGUGGGCUUAAAAACACUCACAAAUGUUGAACAAACAUCAUGGUAUUUCCAAAACUUGGUCAUUAUCUCAAACAACGUAAUGUAAUUAUUAAGCAAUACCUUCCCGUUUCCCCUCACCUCAGCCCCUGGUAACCUCUAUUCUUUUUUCAGUCUCUUUGAAUUUGUCUGUUCUAGAUAACUUAUAUACAGCAUUUGUCCUUUUGCAUCCAGCUUAUUUCAUUUAACAAAAUGUCUUCAAGGUUCAUCUGCCUUGUAGCAUAUAUCAGACUUUAUUCCUUUUUAUGGCUGAAUAAUAUUCCAUUGUAGGUACAGAUCACAGUUUGUUAUCUACACAUCUGGUGAUGAAAACCAAGGUUGCUUCCACCUUUCAGAUGCACAAUGAACACUGGCAUACAGAUACCUGUUCAAGUCCCUGCUUUCAAUUCCUUUGUUUUUUGGGUUUUUUUUUAAGUUUCUUUAUUUAUUUUUGAAAGAGAGAGAGAGAGAGGGAGUGCCAGUGAGCAGGGGAGGGGAAGACAGAGAGAGGAGGACAGAGAAUCUGAAGUGUGCUCUGAGAUGACCACGAAGAGCCUGAUAUGGAGCUCGAACUCACGAACCAUGAGAUCAUGACCUGAGCCAAAGUCAAAUGCUUAAACAACUGAGCCACCCAAGCACCCCUGUGUCUGGCUUCUUACAUUUAGUGUGUUUUCAAGGUUUGUUCAUGCUGUAGAUUUUCUCCAUUUUUUAUUUUACUCUUUUUCUGGGGUUCCUGUUGUGCAGAUAUCCUAUUUCUAUCCUCCAUCUUUGUUUUCCCUUUCAUUGUUUUCUCUUUCUUCUUUUGGGACGAUUGCUUAAUUUGGUCUUUCCAAUUUAUUAAUUCAUUCUGAAUUACAAAUUUUUUUCAAAUAUUAUUGUGGUAACUUUAAUACAUGGUCCCAUAUUUCUUUGAUACUUCUCCCAUCCAGAGAUGGGUUCGGUGCCUCCCCACCCUCUCUUGAAUCUGGGCUUGGUUAUUGCUUGAGCAGUAAAAUACAGCAGAAAUGAUGCUGGGCCUGUUUCCAGGCCAAGACCUAGAGAAACUGUCAGUUUCUACUCCCUGCUUCUUGGGGUGCUCAUUCAUGAACUGCAGCCACUAUACCAUGAGGAAACCAAGCAGCCCGUGGAGAGGUACACAUGUUGGGUACCCAAUCCCCUGAUCCACAGCCCCACUGAGCUCUUAGCCUACAGCCAGUAACAACUUGCUAGCUGUGUGAAUGAGUCAUCAUGGAAAUGGAUCUUCUGGUUCCAGCUGAUGCCAUGUAGAGUAGAGUGGAACUUUACUCAGCCAGCAGGUUUGUGAACAAAUGUUUUUGUUGAUUGUUAUUUUAAACCAUUGUUAUUUUGGGGUAAUUUGUUAUGUAGCAAUAGACACCUGGAACAAUUAUAUUUUUUCAUAUCUUGUAUUCCUUCUUGAGCUUUUCAAUAUUUUCUGGUUUCGUAUUGCUAAUAUUUUACCUUAUCUUUUUGUAAUGUUUAUUAAGCUAAUUUGGAAUUUUUGUUGCAUGUGUUCUAAUAAUUUUCCUGAUAGAUGUAUUCUUUAUAUAUAUAUAUUAUAUAUAUAUAUUAUAUAUAUGCAUAUAAUAUAUAUACAUGUAUUAUAUAUAUAUAUAGUUUUGGCAGUUUAAGUGUUCUUUUUUUAAUUUUUUUAACAUUUAUUAUUUAUUUUUGAGAGAGAGAGACAGAGCACAAGUGAGGGAGGAACAGAGAGAGGGAGACACAGAAUCCGAAGCAGGCUCCAGACUCUGAGCUGUCAGCACAGAGUCUGACACGGGGCUUGAACCCAUGAAUUGUGAGAUUAUGACCUGAGCUGAAGUCGGACACUUAGCCAACUGAGCCACCCAGGCGCCCUUAAAUGUGUUCUUUACAUGUGAACAGGCAAUUGAUUUUUUAAAAAUGUUUAUUUAUUUAUUUUGAGAGAGAGAGCAUGCAAGAGAGAGUGGAAGCCGGAGAGGGGCAGAGGGAGAGGGAGAGAGAGAAUCCCAAGCAGGCUCUGAACUGUCAGUGAAGAGCCUGAUGUGGGGAUCUAUCCCAUGACCAUGAGAUCAUGACCUGAACCGAAACCAAUAGUCAUCACUUAAUUGACUGAGCCAUGCAGGCAUCCCAUAGUUCUCUUUUGAAGUGUCUGUGCCCCUCAAAUAUUUUUCU